GUCUAAACGGCGUUAGAGAAUCACUUCAACCACUUCAACCAGACCAGUGCAUGGGAAAGAAAAACUAAAACCCAGAAGAAAUAAAAGAGUUACUCGUUAUCCCUUUAGGACCCUCCAACACAACAACCACUUCAACCACGCCUCUCUCUCUUUCUCUCUCCUCUUCUCACGCACACAACACAAGUACCAAACACCAACACUUUCCUUCUGAUCGAUUAUUCGAUCCUCUUCCACAGGUUUUAUGUAGCUUGGGCUUUGUCAAUAUAGUAGAGAUGGAUAAAGUGUCUGUUCCUUCAUCAUGGGAUCGUGCCCAUCGCCUUUAUGAGAAGAACCUUGAAUUGGAGAAUAAGCGAAGGAGAUCAGCUCAGGCACAGGUUCCAUCAGAUCCAAAUGCUUGGCAGCAGAUACGUGAGAAUUAUGAAGCAAUAAUUCUCGAGGAUCAUGCCUUCUCGGAGAAGCAUAACAUUGAGUAUGCUCUAUGGCAAUUGCACUAUAAGCGGAUUGAGGAAUUGAGGGCAUACUUUAAUGCUGCUCAUACUUCUGUAAGCUCAAAAUCAUCUCCUGGAGGGAAAGGUUCUGUUCGACCUGACCGGAUAACUAAAAUAAGGCUGCAAUUUAAGACUUUUCUUUCAGAAGCAACUGGAUUUUACCAUGAUCUUAUUAUGAAUAUUAGAGCUAAGUAUGGACUUCCACUUGGUUACUUUGAGGACUCAGAAAAUAAAAUUGUAAUGGAAAAGGAUGAAAAGAAAUCUUCUCAGAUGAAGAAAGGUUUAAUAUCCUGUCACCGUUGUUUGAUAUACUUGGGUGAUCUCGCUCGCUACAAAGGCUUAUAUGGUGGAAGCGACUCAAAAAAGCGUGAAUAUGCGGCAGCUUCUAGUUACUAUCUACAAGCUGCAACUAUUUGGCCUUCAAGUGGAAAUCCCUAUCAUCAGCUUGCCUUGUUGGCUUCAUAUAAUGAGGAUGAGCUGACUACUGUUUAUUGUUAUUUUCGGAGUUUGGCUGUGGAUAGUCCAUUUUCAACUGCCAGGGAUAAUUUGGUACUUGCAUUUGAGAAGAAUCGCCAAAGUUACUCUAAGCUGUCUGGUGAUGUUAAAGCACAUGCAAUCACUGGAAUAGGAAAAGGGGAAGCGAAACUUGUGACCCGGGAUACGGGUGUGGAAACCUGUUCUACAAAGGAGGGAGCAUCCAAUAUACGGGAAACUUACAAAUCUUUCUGCACAUGCCUUGUCCGUCUUAAUGGAAUCUUAUUCACGCGAACAAGCCUUGAGACCUUCGCUGAAGUUCUAUCUCGUGUAAGUGCUGGCCUGCAUGAACUUCUAUCAUCAGGACAAGAUGAAGAGCUGAAAUUUGGCAUAGAUACUCUUGUGAACAAACUGGUCAUUGUCAGAAUUGUUUCCAUGAUCAUAUUUACAGUUCAUAAUGUGAAAAAGGAAUCUGAAGGUCAAACGUAUGCAGAAAUUCUACAGCGUGCUGCUCUACUUCAGAAUGCAUUCACUGCAGCUUUCGAAUUGAUGAGUUUAGUAGUAGAGAAAUGUAUGCAGCUGCAGGAUCCUCCUUCCAGUUAUCUCUUACCAGGCAUUUUGGUUUUUGUUGAGUGGUUGGCAUGUUAUCCAGAUAUUGCUGCUGGCAAGGACGAAGAUAAUGCGACAACUAUUAGAUCAAAAUUUUGGAAUCAUUGUCUAUCCUUCUUGAACAAGUUGCUUUCACUUUUGCCUAUGUCAGAAGAUGAUGGAGAGGAAACUUGCUUUAAUAACAUGAGCUGGUAUAAAGAAGGGGAAACGGAAAAUCGGCUUGCUUUGUGGGAGGAUUUUGAGUUAAGAGGAUUUGUUCCACUUCUACCUGCACAAACCAUCUUGGAUUUUUCAAGGAAGAAUUCCCUUGGAAGUGACAGUGAAAAGGAAAGAAAAGCUCGGAUUCAAAGGAUUUUAGCUGCAGGAAAGGCUUUAGCAAACGUUAUUAGAGUUGAUCAGAAAAUGAUAUAUUUUGACUCAAAGGGAAAGAAAUUUGUUGUUGGUGUUCAGCCUCAAAUCUCAGAUGAUUUUGUUAUUUCCUCCCUUUCAGACACACCUAGUGCAGACUACCAUCAUUAUAUUGAAGGAGAGGACGAUGAUGAGGUUAUUGUUUUCAAUCCUAUAGUACCUGAGAAACAAGCUGAUAUGGUGGUUGCCUCAUCAUGGGCACCCCAUGAAGGCUUAAAAUCAGUUCCAACAGCUUCUGUAGGGGAUAUGAAAUUUAAUGAAAAUUCUACUUCUAACCCUCUCAAUGAUCCGAAUCAUCAAAAUUCUUUACCUGCUUCUGUCAAUGCUAUGGUUCCUCAACGACUACUACCAGUUCAACCACAUUCUUUGAGGUGGUUAGAGGAGGAAAUAUCUCUUGCUAACAGUUUGAAAGGUCUUAGAUUUUUGGAGAAUGGGCACAUGAUGAAACCUGACCUACCAUUUAAAGAAGUUGUGCCAAUCUCUGACCGUCCUGCACUUGCAGUUCCUACCCAGCUAUCUGUAAGAGCUGGUGCUAGUAUGCUUUAUGCUCAUGAUCUCUCAAAAGCUGGAGACUUUGGAAAUUCAUUCAAAGUUGAUGCCAAUGCGUCUGCUGAAACACUUACUGACAACUCUGUUGUGAGAACGCCAUCCACCAUGCAAGCUGGUUUUAAAAAAUCUCCUAUCAGUCGACCUUCUAGGCACCUUGGACCUCCUCCUGGAUUCAGUCAUGUUCCUCUUAAACAUGGUAUUGAACCCACUGGUCCAGAUUCAAUUGGUGGAAAUUCAAUUAUGGAUGAUUACAGUUGGUUGGAUGGAUAUCAGUUGCCUGUGUCAACCAAAGGUUUAGGUCCAAAUGGUCCUCUCAGUUACUCUCAGUCAAAUUCCCAUCAAGUUGGUAACAAUGGCUGGCAUGAUCAUCGGACACUUGAGCUUUUAAAAGCACACCAAAAUCAGCAGUUGCAGCCACAGGUUCUCACAAAUGGAAAUCAGCAUCUUACUCCUCUGCCUGAGCAAUUCCAAGGACAAUCAAUUUGGACAGGUCAACACUUCGUGUGAUGUCGCUCUUCUGUGUGAGAAUAUUGGUGGUCCUUGAAGGAUUAUUAAAUGUGCUGCAUCCCUUUGCUACCCCGUCAAACUCCAGCGCUACUUCGUUGUCGUUGAAUGUUGGAGUUUAUCUGGCCUAGACAUUUUGCGGGAGGUUGCUACUACAAAAGAAUUUGCUGAGCUCUAAAGUCCGGGUGGAUGAAGAUAAACAUGCAUCUUUAGGGUGGAUAGAGGGUGAUAAAUAAAGUACAGUCAUCUUGGAGCUUGUGUGUAUCGUCUGGGAUUUGGUGGUAUGCUACUAUGGUUUGUUCACUUCUCUGCACCUGAAAGAAUUGAUACUAUCUAGCUGCCGGUGAUACAUGAUUCUACCCGUUUUUGUUUCUAACUCGUCAAAGCUUCAGACUAGUUGGAUAUGAAGCGCUCCUCUAAGCUGGAUAAUGGGAUAUGAAUAUGAUAAUGACAUUGUGAAGCAUGCUUGAGUAAGUACAAGUGUUUAGUGGUUGCAUCUUUGUUAAGGCUUUUAUGUUUUUUCAUAACCAGUGAUGUACGAUUUACUUUCUCCCUUUUACCUAGUCGGGGUUUUCUCGAACUUAUAAAUAAAUAAUCCCUUUUGGAUUUUGGAUUAUGGAUCGUGGAUUGUGGAUAUCUUGAUCCAUUAUUACCUGAAGUAAAAGUUCCAUUGUCUCUUUUUA